GUGGCCGACGCACCACCAGCGCGCCCCCUACUGUGCCAACUUGCUGCGCUUUCGACGCCCGGCGCGCUCCGCUCGUUGUUGUGAGCGGCGUCGCUCCUCCCGCCCUCCGUCCUUCACAAACCUCUCGACACCUUCCUCAAAUAACACCGCACCCGAGACACGGGAAUCUGUCGACGUAGCCGGGGUCUGGGUGGUGGUGGUGGUGAUGCGGGACACGCACGUGUACGCACACCGAUGAUAUCUCCCAUCAGUUUAUUAUUCGAAUCGGCCUCAUAUCUGCGAACGGUUUCACUGCUGAGCGCGUGGGACGUCACGUGGGACGCGUUGAACAAUCAUCGGGCGCGUGCGGCGUUGAACGCUGAGGAAGCUUCUGUGAAGAGUUCGUCAUGAGCGGGGGUCUGGCUCCCAGCCGGAGCACGGUCUACGUGUCCAACCUGCCCUUCUCCCUCACCAACAGCGACCUGCACAAGAUCAUGGAAAAGCAUGGCAAGGUUGUUAGGGUGACCGUCGUGCGGGACCGGGAGACGCGCCGCAGCAAGGGCGUGGCCUUCGUGCUCUUCCUGGACCGCGAGUCGGCGCAAAACUGCGUGCGCAAAGUCAACAACAAGGAGCUGUUCGGUCGGACGCUGAAGGCAAGCAUCGCCGUGGACAAUGGCCGCGCGUCGGAGUUCAUCCGCCGCCGCACGUACACGGACAAGUCACGCUGCUUCGAGUGCGGGGAGGAAGGCCACCUCAGCUACAUUUGUCCCAAGAAUGUUCUUGGGGAGAGGGAUCCACCAAAAAAGAAAGAGAAGAAGAAGAAAAAGAAGUUAGAUGCUACACAAGAACAGGAAACGAACGUGUCUGGGAGUGAAGAAGAAGAAGGGGAGGACCCGGCCCUGGACAGCUUGAGCCAAGCCAUCGCUUUCCAGCAUGCGCGUGUGGAGGAGGAGCGGCGCCAUUUCGGUGGCGGUGGCGAUGGCCAGCCCGGGACCUCGGACGCCGACGGCACGCGGCACCGCAUCAAGCAGAGCCACUACUUCAGCGACGAGGAGGAGCUCAGCGAUUGACGCCAAAUGAUCUCUCUCACUGGCAGACGACAGGGCCCCAGCGUCCCUUGUGCGCCGUUCACCAAGGCGGGCGGUAGUGUAGCCUAGAAUACCGCUGAUCUGCAGCGUUGUGCUGGAACCGAUUGGUAGCCCUAUCGUUAACCCCAAACCUCAUUAAUCUCGCUUCACCUCUCCUUUGGUUCUUUCGGUAAAGUCACGUAGAAUGAGAAUAAAAUAAUAAAAUAACACAAUAAAAUUCUCACGACGUUUCGGCCACAACGCAAGCGGCCGUCUUCAGGUG